GAAUCAAGCGCAGCCAAUCACAACACGGCUUCUGGGAUCUCCGCCCACCCCUUUCUACUUGCACUUGAUAACGAUGCCCACAUUAAACUCACUUCGAUUUUCGGAUGCUUUACCCUCUUUGCCUCAGAUACAUUUAGCGGCUCGCAUUCAAAACUGUCCUCCCUGCAUUGGAAGUUAGCCGAAACCAACACGAAAUUUCAGCUUCUUCCCAAUAUAUACGCUUCCAGAGCUCAGUUUGAUAGUAAUGGUUUUGUAGUUUUGUGCAGGGUAACAUGACUUUGGUUUCUUGGUGAAAUGCAAACGAUGAUGGUUGUGUUUAUAAGGGGAAAGUAAAGGCGGGGGGGCUUUUGGGUUGUGUUCGGGAACUGAAAUGGAAGCCAGGUAUUCGUGCUUGAUGUGCGAGAGGAGCAUGUCGACGGCGACUACUUUGGCUCUGAGGCAGUUGCCGACCUCUACCGUGCGUUUCCGUCACAAUGCGAUUGGUACGCCCCAGUUUUCGUCCUUCAACAGCCAUUUUGCUCGUCGCUAUUAUUCGUCCCCGAAGCUCCGAUUCCAACGGCUUGUAAUUCGGAACGUCACCGACAACCCCACGAAAAGAACUAGUCGCAGCAGCAUCAGCAGCGGGAGGAAAAGCAAUCCCAUUGAACCAGCUUCGGGGAAGACCGUGCGUGGUUUGAACGAGAAUGGGGAUCCACUGGGUCGUAGAGACUUGGGUAAGAGCGUGGUGAGGUGGAUUCGGCAGGGGAUGAAGGCCAUGGCAACCGACUUUGCUUUGACCGAGAUGCAGGGGGAGUUCUCGGAGCUCAGGCAACGGAUGGGGCCCGGUCUCACUUUCGUAAUCGAGGCCCAACCUUACCUCACUGCCAUCCCCAUGCCUCUCGGUCUCGAAGCCCUUUGCUUGAAGGCCUGCACUCACUAUCCCACUCUGUUCGACCACUUCCAGAGAGAGCUCCGCGACGUUCUCCAAGAUCUCCAGAACAAAUCACUGGUUCACAGUUGGUACGAAACCGAGUCCUGGAAGCUGCUCAAGGAGCUCGCCAAUUCAGUUCAGCACAGAGCAGUGGCGCGGAAGGUGUUGCAGCCGAAGAAGUAUUUGAAAGGUGUGUUAGGGAUAGAGCUGGAGAAGGUCAAGGCUAUACAGAGCAGGAUCGAUGAGUUCACGAAGCGAAUGUCGGAACUACUUCGUAUAGAAAGGGAUGCAGAAUUGGAGUUUACACAGGAGGAGUUGGAUGCUGUUCCUACACCGGACGAGAAUUCGGAUGCUUCGAAACCCAUCGAGUUCUUGGUUAGCCAUGGCCAGGCCCAGCAAGAACUCUGUGACACCAUCUGCAACUUGAAUGCUGUCAGCACAUCUACAGGAUUAGGUGGAAUGCAUUUGGUGUUGUUCAGGGUUGAGGGGAACCACCGUCUGCCGCCAACCACCCUUUCUCCCGGAGAUAUGGUCUGCGUGAGAAUAUGUGAUAGCAGGGGUGCCGGCGCAACUUCUUGCAUGCAAGGUUUUGUCAACAACCUUGGGGAGGACGGAUGCAGCAUCAUUGUAGCUCUAGAGUCUCGUCAUGGUGAUCCCACUUUCUCAAAGCUCUUUGGCAAGAGCGUGCGAAUUGAUCGUAUCCAUGGAUUGGCUGAUGCACUCACAUAUGAGCGCAAUUGUGAAGCACUGAUGCUCCUUCAAAAGAAUGGUUUGCAGAAGAAAAAUCCUUCAAUUGCCGUUGCAGCUACCUUAUUUGGAGACGAGGGAGAUAUUGCCUGGCUGGAGGAAAAUAAUUUGAUAGAUUGGGCUGAAGAAGAAUUUGAUGGGAUGUUGAGGACUGGAGCUUAUGAUGAUUCACAGCGAAGAGCAAUUGCAUUAGGUCUGAAUAAGAAGCGGCCUGUAUUGAUAAUCCAAGGGCCACCUGGUACUGGAAAGACAGGUUUGCUUAAGGAAAUUAUAGCACUUGCUGUUGCACAAGGUGAAAGGGUGCUUGUGACUGCACCCACAAAUGCAGCUGUUGACAACAUGGUUGAAAAACUAUCAAAUAUUGGACUUGAAAUUGUGCGGGUUGGCAAUCCAGCACGUAUAUCCAAAACAGUGGCAUCAAAAUCUUUGGGUAAAAUCGUGAAUUCUAAGCUUGUCAAUUUUCGGAUGGAGUUUGAAAGGAAGAAGUCAGAUCUAAGAAGGGACCUCAGACACUGUUUACGGGAUGAUUCUUUAGCUGCUGGGAUACGUCAGCUGUUAAAGCAACUGGGAAAGUCACUGAAGAAGAAGGAAAAGGAGACUGUGAAGGAAGUACUAUCAAGCGCUAAAGUUGUGCUUGCCACUAACACUGGAGCUGCUGAUCCGUUGAUUCGAAGACUGGAUUCCUUUGACUUGGUUGUUAUAGAUGAAGCAGCACAGGCAAUUGAACCUUCUUGCUGGAUCGCAAUACUGCAGGGAAAGCGCUGUAUUCUUGCUGGUGACCAAUGCCAGCUCGCUCCUGUGAUUCUAUCUAGAAAAGCCUUAGAAGGUGGUCUUGGAGUAUCAUUGCUGGAGAGGGCUGCGACUUUGCAUGAUGGAAUUCUUGCCACCAAGUUAACAACACAGUACCGUAUGAAUGAUGCAAUUUCCAGUUGGGCAUCAAAAGAGAUGUAUGGUGGAUCUUUAAAAUCGUCCUUGACGGUCUCUUCUCAUCUUCUUGUAGAUGCUCCAUUUGUUAAGCCCACCUGGAUAACUCAAUGCCCACUGCUGUUGCUUGAUACAAGAAUGACAUAUGGAAGUUUGUCAGUUGGUUGUGAAGAGCAUUUAGAUCCAGCUGGCACAGGAUCUUUUUACAAUGAAGGGGAGGCUGAUAUAGUUGUGCAACAUGUCUUUUCAUUGAUUUAUUCUGGUGUUAGCCCAGCAGCUAUUGUAGUUCAAUCUCCUUAUGUAGCUCAAGUACAGCUCCUUAGGGACAGGCUUGACGAGCUUCCAGAGGCUGCAGGUGUUGAGGUUGCAACUAUUGAUAGCUUCCAAGGCCGGGAGGCCGAUGCUGUAAUCAUAUCAAUGGUGCGGUCAAACAAUUUAGGAGCCGUUGGAUUCCUCGGGGACAGUAGGCGAAUGAAUGUUGCCCUAACUCGGGCACGCAAACAUGUUGCGGUUGUCUGUGAUAGCUCAACAAUAUGCCAUAACACCUUCCUCGCAAGGCUGUUGCGUCAUAUCCGCUAUUUUGGCAGGGUGAAGCAUGCAGAUCCCGGUGGUUUGGGAGGAUCUGGACUUGGCACGAACCCAAUGCUGCCAUCUAUUACCUAAUGUUGCAUGGGUGGAUCAACUACAUAUUCUUUCCUUGUUCCUUUGGACUGGUGAUUAUUUGGAAGCACAACUGCAGUGAAGAUCCUGCUCUCUUUUCCUGUCAGCAUCUGCUCCCACAUAAUACAUGUACAGCAGGCCUUCCAUUUCAUCAACAAAAAAAACAUUCUUGUUGCAAAAGUAUACAUUGAUUAUAAUUUGUAUAUAAACAAUACACAAUUUGAAUUCCUAACUUGUAUAUGAAUGCACCAAACAUUAGAGGAGA